AUGGGCCCAGACACAGAGACACGCAGGGCGCCGAAGCGCUGCGUCGCGGAGACCACGCGGCCGGCCGUGCCACUACGACGGAGUCGGAAACUCGGCUCCACCUCGACGCUCCGCUCCGCUGCGCUGCGGCGGCAUCUCGAUGGACCAACCAAGCCCCGGGCCGGGCCGGGCCGAGCGUGUGUCGGGUGCGGGGCCCGGCCGCGCCCCCGUCCCGUCCGGUCCCGUCCCGCCGCGUCCCGCCUUCCCGAGCGGGACAAAGAGCAGAAGCGCCUGGAAGCCCUGCGCCCCCCAUGGGCCCCCCAUCACCGCCACCCCAACCGCCCGAGGGCCGCGACACCCGGGGCUUCUCAGCCGAGCCGGGCCUGGCCGUUCCCGGGGCCGGACAAAGGGGGCGCGGGCGGGAAGGGCAGGGCAGGGCAGGGCCGGGCCGGUCCCCUCGGAGAGGGGCCGAGCGGGGCGCACCCCCUCGAGCCUCGGGCUCCCCUCCGGCUGCAGCCCGGCGCGGCUGCCCACGACUCGGCUCGCCCCGGGGCUCCCCAGGUCGGGUCCCGUCCGUCGCCCCUCACCGAGCGGCGCGUCGCCCCCGCGGAGCCGCCGCCGCCGCCGCCACCGCCGGGCCUCGGCCCGUCCCGCCGGCCGCCGCCUCAUGGGCGCCGCGUCGCCAUCGCCUUCCUCCUGCCUCCUUCCUUCUCCUCCUUCGCCGCCGCCGCUUCCUCCUCUCCUCAGCCCGGGAAGCCGCAGCCGGAGCCGGAGCCGGAGCCGGAGCCGCUCCCGCCCGCCGUGCCGCGCCGCGCCGUGCCGCGGCCUCUCCCGCUCCCGCCGCCCGGACCGGAGCGGACCGCGGGGCGGCGCCUGCGCAGUGCGCGGCGCGUGGGGGCGGGGGGCGCGCGGGAGCGAGACGAGGGUCGAGGCCCGCGCGGACUUCCGGGCCCGGCUCGCUCGCUGGCGAGCUCAGACCCCGGCAGCGGAGGCAGCCCCCGCCUGCAGCCCGGCCGGGCUCAACUCCGGGACACGCCCUACCUGGCCCGGCCCGGCCCGGCCCGGCCCGGCCUUCCUCAGGGCGGGGGCGCGGUGCAGACACUCGGGGUCCCCCAAGCCGCUCUCGCCGCUUCCCGCCAAGGCCGAGCGUUGCGGAGGCCUCGGUCGCUCGCUGCUCCUGCCCCACUUGAGACUUUCGAGGUCCAAGACUUCACUUGUGGGAUCCGCGAGACCCUAAUGGGCCAUUUCCUCUUAACACCUGGCGGCCCGGCGGGAACCUGUGUUCCCAGGACUUUCCUCCGCCCAGUCCCGCCGCCGCCUCUCUUCUGCAACUGCUCUGGGGACACCUGA